AAUAAUUUUAAUUUGCAGAAAAUACUAUUUAGACAUGCAGGCUGGUACUUAAAAAUUCCAUUCUGACAUUUGAAAAUAAUGCGUUGCAGAGGAAUGCUCGAGUUCAUCACGAGUGAUGCACGGAUAUUUCACAGGCUUUUGCCUAGCGUAUGCAACAAACAUAGAAAACAGUAAAAUAACGAAUUGGGCAAACCACACACGAUAUUCGCGGAAUAUCGCGUGAUUUAUGCAGCAUUGCGCGUAAUAUAUGAUAGCGAUCAAAACUGCCGUGCGGGCGUCAGUGUUUCUCCGGUUUCUCCACAUUUCUACCACUUUUAUGAUGACUAUACCGGAUCACAUUCGCAUCGCGUGGCGUCAGCCGUCAGCCGUUAAUCGUCAGUCGUCAGUUGUCAGUCGUAGAGACCCCUUGUCUCUAGUCAGUCGAGUCCAGCCGAGUCUCGAAUCUCAAGCUUCGAGCCGCGAAUCGGGUACAGUUCGACGCACAAGUGUUCUUUUUUUCUUAUAUUAUCAAUAUUGUCAAAGUUUUUGGAAAAAGAUAUCAUCGAAUGUCUUUAUAAAUAAAUCAUCUCUUUAGGGAAUAAACCACUUUAAGUCAAGCCAAUAUUAUAAAUCAUCGUGUGUUCAAGAUGGACUUCAACUUGUCUUUUUCGAUUCUCGUCGUUCUUUUAUUCAAGUUUACGUAUGGCUUGCCAAUGCAAGAGGAAGUCUCUCUCUCUCUUUAUGAAGGCAGUCACUGUAGGGCGGAGGAUGGUAAGGCAGGCGUAUGUAAAAAGAUAUACGAAUGUCCAUCCAGACUGCAAGAAGUGAAGGAAGGUAGAAGAAGCUCGGAUUCAAUGGGACGUUGCGGCUUUCAAGACUUUACGGAAAUCGUUUGCUGUCAGUUCAAUAUUACGGAUAAGAUAGGACUUCGAGCAGCAGAAAUAGCAUGUCGUCAAUACGAGAACGAAAUCGGGACAAAUGGUAAAGUGAAGAGGGACACGUAUACAAUUGAGGUGCAGUUCAACAUAUUCAGCGGCACGCAAACUAAGCACGGGGAAUUCCCGUACAUGGUCGCUCUGGGAUACGAGAACGAAGACAAGGACGACGGCAAUUCGGAAGCUAUCAAGUAUAACUGUGGUGGCACGUUAAUUUCCUCGCAAUACGUGUUGACUGCUGCUCACUGCGUCAGUAACAUACAGGAGAAAGUACCGAUAGAGGUGAGAGUCGGCAGCGAAGAUCUCAAGAGCAUUGGGGAUGAUGCACAACGAAUUCCCAUAAGCAAUGUAAUAACGCAUCCGCGAUAUAAGCGCAGCAUGAAUUACAACGACGUGGCUAUUCUGAAAUUAAGUACACCCGUACGUAUGGCAAAUAACGUACGGCCGAUUUGUAUCCAAACGAAAUCUUUAGACUCCAUGGAUGUACAAUCGAACGUAACAUUUAUCGUAAUUGGUUGGGGCGCUACCAGCUUCGAUGAAGACGGUAGUACCAAAUUGAUGAAGACACCGGGUCUCAGUCUUAUAGACAGGGAAUCAUGUGCCAAGUUGUUCAACGGUUUCGGCAAGUUACCUCGUGGUUUAGAUGAGACUAUGCUGUGCGUAUUGGAUACCAAUGUUACAAGAAGAUCGGACGCUUGUCAUGGAGACAGCGGCGGACCUUUAUUAAUGCUCACCGGAUCUAGUCAAAGCAUUGUGGGAAUCACGGCUUUCGGCCAAAAUUGUGGGGGAUCUGUACCAGGAGUUUACAUAGCGGUAUAUUCCUACCUCGAGUGGAUUGAGAAGGAAGUCUGGCCGGAAAUGUUCAACGAACGGUAGAUGAAUCGCUUUUCGUUUCAACUCGAGACCCUCUAUUCAGUGACUCAGCAUAAUCGACAUGACGUCAUUUAAACACUUUAAAGUGACUUGUGGUGUUAUUACGUAUAGUUAUUACGAUAAUCUAGUCUGAAACUAUUCGUAUACUCGGUCAACGCAGCAUUUAUUUUUUUCAAUUUCUCUUACCUACAAUGCGUUUUUGCGAAUUUUAUAUUUUUACACGUGACUCUGCUCUCGAAUAAUGCAUUUUGUUCUUAUGUAUACACGUGCUUCAAUAAAACAGAAAUAUUCAGCU